AUGUCCCUCUCCGACACCGGCAUUGAGCUGAGCAACUUCAGCAGCCCCUCAGUGCAGUCGGACAUCCCCUCCUCAAUGGCCUCCUCGGUGGAGGCCUUCUCAACGGUCCCCAGCGAACCGGGGCUCAGCAUGCCAAAGAAGUACGGCUCGCCCCUAUCCGGCCACAUGAGCAAGGCAUCCCUCGGAGCCGACCUGGAGCCCGACCUGGAUCCCACCACGGACCCGGCCGAUGAUGCACGCCUCGCGGCGCAGGAUUACCAGCAGCAGCAUGCGACCGCCGGGUCCGGUAGCCGGGGUCGCACCCUCUUGCACCAAAGCGUGGCCACCAUCCGGUUCUACUUCACCCAGACCGCUCGUCAUGUUACGCGCAAUCCCGGAUCCGCUUUCCUGGCUUUGCUGGCCGUGACCAUCGCCGUGCUGGCGGUGGGUGUGGCCCUGACCGCGCUCGAGGUGGCCCCAGUCCUGUUCCUGGGCAUGGCCGAGUCCAAGGCCGCCGAGAUUGACCUGCUCUUGACCCCGGCCCAGCUGGGCGGUGACAUCGACUUCCUGGCCUUGAACUUCACUCUCCUGGACCAGGAGCUGGCACGGGACAACUUGGCCGACGCACCGGCCCACGGUGCCGAGGCCGCGGUGUCCGUCUCGCCCGAUGGCCUGGAGCAACUGGCCUCCGGGCAAUUCUCCGGCGCCUGGCAAUGGCGUGCGCGCACCGGGCGCAAGAACAUCCGCGUCAAUAUCAACUCCCUGGGCACUUGCCUUGUGCAGUCAGAUGUCAGCGCCAUCGGUGGUGCUGGUGGCAGCAGCAACAGCAACAGCAGCAGCAACAACAGCAACAGCAACAGCAACAGCGGUGGGGCCGGGGCGCGCAUGCUGGCCGACCCGGGCCCCGCAUCGGACUUCGAAUCUCCCAUUCCCGAUGGCGAGGCCCCUCCGGCCGUGGAAUCCUUUGUCGAUGGCCAGGCCGGCUGGGCGCCGCCCUUGACCCCGAUCGACCGGCAUUCACGGAUGAAUUUCAGCACCUGGACGCGCGCGCUCGGCCGCUGGACCGGCAUCACCCCGGCCCCGGCAUCCCCUCGUCGGAUGGAGCCCUUCCGCAUCGCGGAGUACAUUCCGCCCGACUCGCAGCAGCAGCAGAACCUCUGCAUCGAGGACGCCCGCCAGUGCCGGGAGCUCCUCUGUCCCCCGUCCAUGACCGGCAGCAUCCUGCUGGUGGAUGCCAAGCGCGAACGGGCCAUGGGCCUCGGCCGUGGCUGGACCAACACCCUGGAGCGCGGCACGUGUGUCAUCCACCGUGAGGUGGCUCGAACGGUCGGCCUGCAAGCCGGCGACCAUCUGCUGGUCACUUUCCAUGUGGACUCCAAGGCUACCCUCCUGCCCUACUUCCAUGCCAUUGGCCUGAACAUCACCGAAACCGAUGAGGAAUCUGGCAGCCUGGCCAUGCCGUUGAACACCGUGACCGUGUCCCUGCCUUUGCGCGUGUCCGAGGUGGUUUCCUCAUCGAAGGGCAAGUGGCCUUCCCGCAAUCGAGACGUCAUCAUCAUGGACAUCCACAACUUCCUGCCACUGGCCAGCAGCGGCAUUGAGCCGGAUGCCAAGUUCACCGAGCAAGUCCUGGCGGACCUGGCCGCGUUGGACCCACUGGUCGCCGUGGACAGCGUUCUCUUUGCCAUUCCCCCGGUUGGGGAGGAGUCGCUGCGACUGAGCCAGCUCGAGGGGUACUACGAUCCGGCUUUGGGGCAAACGUCGCCGGCGCUGCUCGACCGGCCCGGGCUCCAACGGCACGAGGCCUACAUUCGGUCGAACUUCGACACCUCGGCGCGCGAAGUGACGCGCUGGGCCUCGCGCAUUGCCACGCGCUUGGGUCUGACGCAAUUUGAAAACCAAUUGCCGGUGCUCGUGGAGUACGAGGAGACGGCCUACGCCACGGCCUUCCUGAGUCUGGCCCUGAACAUCAUCAUCAUCCUCCUGGCGGCCGUGAGCGCGCUGCUGGUGGAUGCGUUGUUGAUUGCCGCGGCCGAGGCGCGGGCCUCCGACUGGGCCAAACUCCGGGUGUUGGGGUUGCGGCGGACGCCGCAUGUGGCGGCCCUGGUGCUGAUCCACGCCCUCGGGGCGGUGGGCAUCCCGGCCACCGUGAUCGGUCUCUGCCUGGCGCAGGCUCUCCAUUCGGGGGUUGUGCGCUCGGUGCUCGGGUCCUUCGUGCCCGGGGUGACCAUUGUCCGGGGGCUGACCCCGGUGGCGGUGGGAGUGGGCCUCGGGGUGGGCCUCGGGGUGCCGCUCAUUGUGGCCAUUCUCCCCGGCGGCCCGGUAGCCACGGCGAAUGCUCCACGCCUGCACGACGCGCUGUAUGCCUCCAGCCGGCCUCAAACCCAGGCCGUGGAGAUCACCGUGUCCCGGUCCAACCCGGAUCGCGCGCGCUCGGCACUCCUGAUCACCGGCGCCCUUUUGGGCGGCUUCGGCGCCCUGGUGUACUAUGCCCUGCCGUUGGCACUGAUCUCGGGCAACUUGGGCCUUCUGUUUGACAUUUUCUUCAUCAUCCUAGCCGGCCUGAUCCUCGGGUGUGUGCUUAUUGCCCUGAAUGCCCAGCCGCUCGUCGAGCGGGGCCUGGUCUCGGCCAUGCUCUUUGUGGCCCGGUUCAUCGGCGAGUCGGCGGCCACGGCGGGGCUGGUCCGGUCAAACUUGAUUUCCCACCGCAAGCGCAAUCGCAAGUCCGCGUUGAUCUACGCCACGUCGCUGUCGUUCGUGGUCUUCCUGGCGGUCGCCGCCGACAUCGAGCUCCGGUCCAUGGAGUAUGAGACCAUUCGUUGGUUUGGUUCGGAUAUUCGAAUUGACUCGCGCAACAUCGAUCGCGGUGGCCCGACUUCCGGGAUCCGCGAAGUGGAGAAAAUUGAGGCCUGGUGCCAUGACAACCGGGAUCUGAUCGCCGGAUGCGGGUGGAUCAGCACCAGCACCUCGAAUGCCCUGGUGGAUAGCAGCUGGGAGUCCAACCGGCCGACGCGGCUGCAGACCGUCGGUCGGGCCAUUCGCGAGGAUCACUACGUGUAUGGCGUCACCCCGGACCUGUUCAGUGCCUUCCCCGGGAACAUGUAUGUCGAAUCGCCCACCACAUUGAACAUGCGGCGGUCGAUGCGCAUGGCGACGACGGCUGAGAUGGCCGCCGCGGCCGCCCAAUGGGGCGCCGUCAGCUCGACGGCCGAGCAGCAGCGCGCCCUCUCCCAGGCAAAGAUGGCCCACACGCCGGAGCUCCUGCUCUCCGGGGCCGGUCGAGGGCGCCUGGUCAUGGGGUCCUACGCCCGGCAGGCUUAUGGCCUGGAGCCGACGGCCAUCCGAGCGGUCGAGCAUGUGGCCCGCAUCUGGGACACGAUCCCGAUCUCGCGGAACUCCUCGGCCAUUCUGGUGGACGAGACCGACGGCCCGUAUAAGCCGGCUCGGCGCCAGCUGUCCAUCUUCCAUCGUGUGCGCCCGAUGGUGGGCGUCUUGACCAGCCCCAUGUUCACGGGGAUGUCCAGCUCGACCGAUGGGUAUCGGCAUUCGGUGACCUCGCUGCCGAACCAGCUGCGUUUGCUUUCCGGCUCCAUCCGAUCGGUAUCACAGACGUGGGGCGAGUGGGAUGAGGCUUUCGUCCAAGGCCCCUCGGCCUUCGGCCUGCCGCAUCGGCUAGACUGGAGCGAGCGCGUUUACGAAACGGUGUCCGACUUGCCUCUGCGUACUUUCCUGGCGAAACUCCGGCCCAACGUCACGGAGGCCCAGCUGGAGUACCUGAUUGCCGCGGCUCCGACGGACUCGCAGCAUGUCGUGCGCGAUGUGCGCGAUGAGAUCCCGAGCCUGGCUGGGAAUGCCCCGCUCUUGACGUUCCUCUUCCAAGGUGUUACCAUCAUCGUGCUGGUGGUGGCCUUCUUUGCCCUGUACACGGCCAUGGCGGCCAAUGUGGCCACCCAGCGGUCGUUCCUCUUCCAAGGUGUUACCAUCAUCGUGCUGGUGGUGGCCUUCUUUGCCCUGUACACGGCCAUGGCGGCCAAUGUGGCCACCCAGCGGUCGGAGAUCGGUGCCAUGCGGGCCAUCGGCGCCGGGCGGUGGUUUGUCUGGCGCGUGUAUGCCUAUGAGGCCUUUGUGCUGGUGGUGGCGUCGGCCAUCCUCGGCUCGAUCGUCGGGCUGCUGAUCGGCUGGCAUCCCGCUGGCUUUCCUCUUCCCCUGGUUGUCUGGCGCGUGUAUGCCUAUGAGGCCUUUGUGCUGGUGGUGGCGUCGGCCAUCCUCGGCUCGAUCGUCGGGCUGCUGAUCGGCUGGUCGAUCAGCGCCCAGCGGGCUCUCCUGACAGGCAUCCCGCUGGCUUUCCUCUUCCCCUGGACGCUGGUCCUGACCGUGGGAGCGGGGGCGGCCCUGUCGGCCCUGCUGGCCACCGCGGUUCCGGUGGCGCAUCUGGUUGCUGGUGGCAAUGGCACCGUCGUGCGCAUCAUGCGUGGCGGAACGUCCGACUGA